GGAGGCACAGAGACGGGGAGAGAGCGGCCAUGCGGUGUCCCUGGGCGGGAGCGUUUCUACAGAAGAUCUUGGGGGACCACGAACACACCUGCAGCACGACCCCCUGAGAUAUAGCUCUCAGGACAAAGCGUUGUUGGAAGCAGAGGGACACUGGACGGUUAACCACAGUCAAUUCUCUGAAGGGAGUGGCUUCCCAGAGGCGUGUGUGUGUGUGCGUGCUCGUGCCAUGCACGUGCGUGUGUGCGCGUACGAGGAGAGCUCUUCUUUGUUGCAGCCUUAAGUGUGGUUUGGGCUUUUAAGAAAGUUGCAAGUACCUGUUAACGUAUUAGAGACUGAUAAAGGGUAUGGGUCCGUCUGUCAACCUCGGCCAAGGAAGGCUUCUGACUUCCCAUUUAACAGAGGGUCAUAAACUGAUCAGAAACGGCUCAGGGCAGUGGGUCGGGGGAGGAAAGAUGUGCCUUAGGUGGGGAGCCAGGACCGUUAGCUCAGCAGGAGCCUGGGGGACGGAGUCCCCGUGGAGGGGCUGUGCUGGCACAGACGUGGGCCCGGGGGGGGGCCACCUCUCCUCAUCCGCAGACGGCCUCUCCAGCGACACGGGUUUGGGGGCUCUGGGUGCAGGAACUCAGGGAGGGACACGGGGCCAGGUUUGGCAGGGCUCAGCCGCGGACGCUCUGGUGUGGGCAGGCGUGUGAUCCCGCCUAUCCUCUGCCCUGCACCUGUUCCCGGGGCGGGGGGGAAGUGGUGCAGCAUCAUUCUGGAAGACCAGGGGGACGAUGGGAAUCUGACACCUGCUGGAAAAGUAGAGACUACAACCCGGAUGGGGGUAGCGAGAUUGGUUUUGCUUUAUGAUGAUUUUUUCCCCCUGAUUUCUCCCCUCUUACAGUAAUUACGCAUGCUUAUGUCAGGAAGUACGGCAAAGAGAUGAAAACCGUCCAUCACUCUAUGACCAUUCUGGCGUGUUUCCUGCUGGAAGAAGAAUGGGGUGAACAAUUAUAUACAAGGUGACCUGAGAGGCAGCCUCGCUGCUUGAUGCUGGGGCUGCGGCAGCGAACCAGGCAGACAUGGGCCUUUCCGUGUGGGGAAGCCAGCGUGGCCCACGGGCACGAAUUGUGGUUUCCUCCACGACAUUUGAGGUAAGUGACGGCCAUCUGUCUUGCUUACCACGUGCUGGGCUUGUGUCUGCGGCUUCGCCGUGGGGAGGGGUUCUUGUAUGUGCUCUCGUUCGACCUCUGUGCUGGCUCUGUGAGGGGCGGCCACUGUCCCCCGACCCCCCACACACGACAGACGGAUGCGGAUGAGCUGGGUAACCUGGUGGGAUCCAGCGGCACGCGGCCCCGCACUAGCCACAGCACUCUGGCCGCCUGCAGAGCACACGUCAUCCCUCUCCCUUCUCCCUCGCUAGGUCUGAUCGCCGUGGUGGCCUGGAGGCACUGCCGAGGCUGGGAUGAUGGACAACGACACGGAGCUGAGGACGGAUGGGAACUCCCUCCUGAAGGCGGUGUGGCUGGGGAGGCUCAGGCUGACCAGGCUCCUCCUGGAAGGGGGCGCUUACAUCAACGAGAGCAACGACAAAGGGGAGACGGCCCUCAUGGUGGCGUGCAUCACCCAGCACGUGGACCAGCAGAGCACCAGCAGGCCCAGGAUGGUGAAGUACCUGCUGGACCAGAGGGCAGACCCCAACAUCCAGGACAAGUCCGGCAAGACGGCGCUCAUCCACGCCUGCAUCCGGAGGGCGGGGGGCGACGUGGUGUCCCUGCUUCUGGAGAACGGCGCGGACCCCAGCCUCGAGGACCGCACAGGGGCUUCGGCCCUGGUCUACGCCAUCAACGCCGAUGACAAGGACGCCCUGAGGCACCUGCUGGAUGCCUGCAAAGCCAAAGGGAAGGACGUGAUCAUCAUAACAACCGCGAAGUCAUCGUCAGGCACCAAAACCACCAAGCAGUAUCUCAACGUCCCUCCUUCGCCCGGAGGGAAAGACCGCCAGUCCCCGCCACUGUGCACGUCCCCCUCGGACAUUGAACUGAAGGCUCCAGGUCGGGGCGCCCCACCCACGGAGAGGGAGGAGGACUUCUUCAGCCUCCAGUCAGGGAGUCUGAGUGCCUGCAACAUGGCCAAGGCUCUCAACGAGCCUGGGUCGCCCCUCAGGAAAGUGGCGAACCUCAAGCGGGCCCGCCUGCCCCAGCUGAAGAGGCUGCGGUCCGAACCCUGGGGCCUGAGUGCGCCGUCCGUGCUGGCGGCCGGCGCACGUCAGGACGAGACCCACGGCCCCAGCCCGGACAGUGAGGUCAUCAAGAGCCUUAGCGAUGUGUCCUUCCCCAAGAGGGGGCCGCUCUCCAGAACCAGCAGCAUCGAUGGCAAAGACCCCACCUUCUUCCCCACCGUUGCCGAGCAGGUGCAGAAGAUCAUGGCCUCCCCAGGACCAGCAUCCUGGAAGGCCGCCCAUGAGAAGGGUCAGGCUUCCCACCCCCGUCUGGCCCGGAGAGGAACUCUACCCAUCGACCAGGACAAGGUGGGUAUCGGUCCAGCAGGCCCCCCUGCUCUCAAAGAUCCCGUGUCCCUCAAGCGGCUGGAGAGUGAUUUGCACGACUUAGAUUUACAGGCUGGGGCCGACCAGCUCAGCUCGGUCUCCCUGGAAUCGAGCAAAGGGCCCUUGGACAGGAAGAGGCUCGAUGGCUCCCUCCUGGCUCUCUUCCAUGGCUCGCGGGAGUCCCUGGACGCCAAGCCCAGCACGUCCCCCAGCUCGGCGCGCCGCCGGCCGCCGCCUCUCCUGGAAAGGCGAGGUUCUGGAACUCUGCUGCUGGACCGAAUUUCGCACACCAGGCCCGGCUUCCUGCCGCCUUUAAACGUCAGUGGGAACCCACCUAUCCCUGACAUCAGAUCCAGCAGCAAACCGUCUUCUCCACUCGCGAGCGGCUUAAAAUCCAUGGUUCCCAUUGCGCCCAGUUCACCGAAGAGAGCAGACUUGAGAAGCAGACGGGCGCUCCUGCGGAGACACUCCAUGCAGGCCGAGCAGAUGAGGCAGCUGUCAGACUUCGAGCAGACCGUCACCUAGCAGCGCCCGGCAGGCUGUAAACCACAGAACUCUGCGCAGUUACUGGAAGGCACCCUCGUCUAGAGCAACACAGCCGUGCGUCCCGUGGGUCCCUCCGUGCUGGUGGCAGGGACGGAGCCGGGCGCUGCUUCCCUGCGGAAGUGGUCUCUGGGUUUAUGCAGUUUUCCCUGCAAAGAGCUCAGGGUAAUUGGGUUCGAGACACGAAAUCACCGAAACCAAAAAAUUC